AGACAGAGAAGAUUACCAGUCAUUUGGGUGAAAAUUCAUUGCAUCUCUGAAGAAAUCCAGACAGAUUUCAAAAUGCCUCCUCCAGCGGUUCCACAUGGCAUGUGCCUAAAAGUCAUAGAUGACCGCAACAUGAAGGGUGGCAUGGGCUCUGAAACAAAUCCUUUGAAGUUCAUGGAUCAGGACCACAAAUUUUUACAAGACUACUGUCUCAAAACAAGACAGAGAUUUGUGGAUGAGUUUUUCCCGCCAGACCCUCGUUCCAUUGGUGAAGGGCUGCUGAAGCCAGAAGUCAUGGCCCGAGUGGAGUGGAUAAGACCAACGAAAUUGUAUCCAGAUGCAGCUGAAUUUAUCGUAGAGUCAGUGUCCAGGUUUGAUUACGCCCAAGGGAAUAUAGGAAACUGCUGGUUUCUGGCUUCUGUUGGGGCUCUAACUUUUCAAAGCAAAUUAUUACAUAAGGUCAUCCCAGACGGACAAUCAUUCAGCAACAAUUAUACUGGUUUAUUUCACUUCAGGUUCUGGCGGUUUGGAAAAUGGUACGAUGUUGUGAUUGAUGACAAACUGCCAACAAUCAACCGUCAGCUAAUUUUUGUGAAAUCAAAAACAUUUAAUGAGUUCUGGCCAGCCUUGUUGGAGAAAGCGUAUGCCAAGGUGUGCGGCUCCUACGCUGACAUGCACACUGGCCGGGUAUCUGAGGCCCUCAUGGACUUCACCGGUGGAGUUCAUAUGCACUACGAUCUGAAAACGGCUCCGACUGAUUUAUGGGAGAUAAUGUACCGUGCUUUCCAGUCAGAAGUCCUUAUGGGCUGUGAAACUCCACAAGGGAAUCAUAAUGAGGAACGAUUACCAAAUGGCAUAGUUCUGGGCCACGCUUACACUGUGACAAAGGUUUACCAGGUCACAAGUGGUAGAUAUCCAGUUCAGCUGGUGAGAUUGUUCAACCCAUGGGGAGACAGUGAGUGGAAUGGAGACUGGAGUGACAAAUCACCCUUGUGGAACACAGUGAGUGAUGAGGACCGCAAACAACAUCUUCUGAAUGAAAAUGGAGAGUUCUGGAUGUCAAUGAAAGAUUUUCUUAGGACAUUUGACAACAUGGAUAUCUGCUGUUCCUGUCCUGAUUUUCUGGAAGGAAAGUCUGCAUGUCACUGGAUUUCCAAGAGUCACCAUGGCAGCUGGGUUAUUGGGAGUACAGCUGGAGGCUGCACGAAUCAUUUAGACACCUUCUGUACCAACCCCCAGUUUUGGCUGAAGAUUAAUGAGAUGGAUAAGGCCUGUGAGCAGGGCCAGAGCAAUGUUCUGGUGUCCCUCAUACAGAAACCUGACAAGAGAAACAGACGCCUUGCUGCACACCAUGGCAUCGGCUUCUGCGUGUUUGCAGUUCCACCUGAGAUGAGAUCUGAGGGAAAGUUGGGAUCAAGCUUUUUCUAUAGCAGAAAGCCUGUGGCAACAAGCGGGGACUUUCAGGAUGCAAGACAGGUGAUGAAAUUCUUCAGGCUGGAGCCAGGAGAGUAUCUCAUUGUACCGUCCACUUACAGCCCCAAUAAGAGCGCAGAAUUCAUCCUGUCCAUUCUGUGCAAAAAUGAGAUCCACAUUCAAAAGGACACAGAACGGACAGAGAAAGAUUUUCUUGUGGAUCUUGUAGGCAAGUCUGAGGCUGGAUACACUGAACAAGUGGAUGAAGGAUUGAAAGAUAAAACCCUGUUUCGACAAUAUUCUGAUCAGUACAAAGUUGUUGACGCUGAGAAACUUCAACAGCUUCUUCAUGAAAACCUGCUUAGAGGGAAUAAAAAUACUGAAGGAUUUGGCCUGGAUUCCUGCAGAAGUAUCAUUGCUAUGUCAGAUUUCUCUGUCAGUGGAAGACUUCGUGGAUCAGAAUUUCUUCGUCUGUGGAACCGCAUUAUGACGUACAAGAACAUCUUCUACAGCAUGGAUUCUUCCAAAGAUGGCGUUCUGUCUUUGAAUGAACUGCAAAACGCAUUAGUGAAAACAGGCAUGCAUCUAAAUGAAGACAUCCUGAAUCUCAUGUUUGUGCGGUAUGGUGGUGCUUCAGAACAGAUCUCUCUGGAGGGUUUCAUAUGCCUUGUCAUGCGUUUGAACUGCAUGGCUAGCAUAUUCCAGAGACUCUGUGAAAAUGGGAAGAUAUCUCUUAAUGAGAGUGAGUGGAUAGGACUCACCAUGUACUCAUGAGGGGAAAGUCUGCUUGCCAGGAGGUUUGCCAACAAAUGCAAGAAGCAGUGUGACAAGAAAACAUUAGUUCAGUGUUCAAAAACGAUCAGUGGUUUAGGCAAUCUAAAUAUUUCUUUAAUUUUUAUUUUAUUUUUUAACAUCAAACUGAUAAACAAAUUGUCUUCUUUUUCAUCCUUUUAUCUAAGAAUUCAAAUGCUUAAAAUUAUCAUUUGAUAUAACAAUUAAUACACAGUUUGAUGUGAAAUUUGUAUAAUUGUUUAAUAACUGUUUGUUUGAAAAGUAUUUCAAGUAAUGUAUGUAUUUCUCAUUGUAUACACUUGGAAUCACUGUUGGUGUGAAAAAAAAAGCAUUCAAGCAGAUGCUGUUUUAAUUAGCUUUUUUUUUUUUUUUAAUUGUCAGAAAGAUUGUAAAGUAAUAAUAUUUCUCAACACAACAUCUUAGCCCUCUAUUACAUGGUGUUGCCCUCAGGCAACAAACUACCUUUUUGGACCUCAAACCACCCCUUAUAUAAAUUUGUUUUUAUAUAUAAUAUCACCUGACAUGUCUGUUCAGUGAAAUGAGGGGCUGAAGUGGGUGUGACUUUUGUUUGGGGGUGGAGCAGUUCUUUCAUGAAGCAAAGCCACAUGGUAAACACUGCCACCAAUUGAUAAGAUAAAUAUCACUUUUUAACUUUUAAAAAGUUUAAAUAAAUUUAUAUAAAAAUAUAUACAUGUGCAUCAGUAUGUAAAGAAGUAUGUUUGAUUGUUUAAAGAUUCAAUUUGUUUUUAUUUAUAUAUUAAAACUGUGUUUUUUGUUUGUUGCUUUAGGGCAACAUUGUGCAGUUAGGCCACUUUUGUUCAGGCAAAAUCAUAGGGUUAGGACCAUAUGGUGCAUUCAAGUCAUCCUGGGAAGUUUGUUUAUCAAGCUUGGAAAACUCCAAGAGUGCACAUUAUGUAUGUAAUUUGUGUUUAUUAUAAUAAUUAUGCUGCCACAGAGAAUGAUGGGAAAUGUAUUUUGGUCACUCAAGCCUAUCAGCUCAUAAACUGAUUAAAUGAGUAGUGUUUUCUAGCAA